CAAUGUUUACCAACAUUCCAGCACAAUUAUCGCGUUUUUAUCGCAUUAAUAACGCAGUUUUAUCAAAAGCGGGCUCACUUGAGUUGAAAAAAAAGACGCUACAGUUGUUACGUACGCACAUUGUAAAUUUCUAAAAAAGUUUCAAAAAAUUGCAAUUGCGAUUUAUGGGUUGUUCCACGCGCACCCUGACCACCCCCAUUGUUUAAAAAAAUCGCCAAAACAGCAACAACGUCGACCUUUCCCAAACAUUCGCGCACAAGCGCAUUCCACCCCCACAGUCCACCCUUGCGAUCAAUAAACCGAGUGCGCUUUCCAGAACGUAGCGAUGUUUCGCGUUACCAAAAACCCGUGUGUUUAAUUUCCCCUAUUGUUUUAAACAUAAAACACUCAUGAAAGUCCAAGAAAUAAUCGAGGGCGGCAAUAACGCCAUGGAACAAGAAAUGGCGGGGGCGCAAGACACGAUCUACCUUUGCAAUUUUCGCGUAUCGGUCGAUGGCGAAUGGCUCUGUCUCAAAGAGCUCCAAGACGUCGAGUUCAACAUGCAGGACUCCAUCACUCAACCCCUUUCCACGCCAUCCCCGGACGUCCCCGUCCAACCUUUCGGUCGCGACCCCGUGGUCAUAGAACGCAGCAAUUUGGUCAACAUAAGCAAAUUAGUCGUCAAAGAACUGAUAGAGCAGAGUCUGAGGUAUGGACGAAUGCUGGAUUCGGACCACAUGCCUCUCCAACACUUCUUUAUAGUGCUAGAACACGUAUUAAGGCACGGGCUACGGCCUAAAAAGGGGCUUUUGGGGCCGAAAAAGGAACUUUGGGAUAUUCUACAAAUGGUGGAGAAAUACGCACCCGAAGCGCAGGAUAUUACGGCAAGCGUUCGCGAUUUACCGACUGUUAGGACGCACAUGGGGCGAGCCAGGGCCUGGCUACGACUGGCCCUCAUGCAGAAAAAACUCGCCGAUUAUUUAAAAGUCCUAAUUGAUCAUAAAGACGAGGCACUUGUUGAGUACUUCGAACCGGAUGCUUUGAUGUUGAGCGAUGAAGCCAUUGUGAUAAUCGGGCUUUUAGUCGGCUUGAAUGUCAUCGAUUGUAACUUGUGUGUUAAGGAAGAAGACCUAGAUUGUCCACAGGGUGUUAUAGAUUUUUCGUUAUAUCUGAGAUCCUCGAACCACGUCUCGAGCGACUCAAGUAACGAUGAACAAGGUGAUAAUAUGACAACGGUGCUAGAUCAGAAAAACUAUAUCGAGGAACUUAAUCGCCACCUCAACGCUACUGUCACAAAUUUACAAUCCAAAGUCGAAUCAUUGACCACAAUGAACGCACUGAUGAAGGAGGACCUAGCUAUUGCCAAAAAUAGUCUACUAGAUUUGUAUGAAGAGAACCGGCAGCUGAAGCAAGAAUUAGGCAGAGACGUGAGUGGCUAUUGUAUGAGUUCAAGCGGCGUCCAAAUCACAAACGUCGAGCCCGAAACCAACGGAAAAGCCGUAGUGACUGGCGAAGUCGACGAAUUAAAACAGCGACUGGACGAAGAACGGAAACUCCGCCAGGAAGCCGACAAGGAGCUCGAACUCCAGAUGUGUCUCAAGGCCGAGAUGGAGGUGGCGAUGAAGCUCCUCGAGAAGGACAUCCACGAGAAGCAGGACACCAUCGUGUCGCUCCGCCGGCAACUCGACGACAUCAAACUCAUCAACUUGGAGAUGUACAAGAAGUUGCAGGAAUGUGAGAUGGAAUUGACACAGAAAGGGGAAGUGGUGAGUCGUCUUCAAGCGAAGGCGGGCCAGAUCGGCAAAAUCCUCAAUAAUUUAGAAAAGUACAAUCACUUGUUAAAAGACGAUAAGAAAGUCGGCGACCGAAGAACGAGCGAAAAAAGACAAGCGGCAAAGUUGCAAAAUCGCGAAAAAGUCGCAAAGAACGUUGAGAAAAACGAGUCGGAGAGCGAAAAUAAAGAACCGACCACUUCGGAGUCGAUCGAUUCGUUUGUUAAUCUCGAGUUUGACGGUAAACAGGACGAGGAGGAGGCCAAAGCUACCACAUAAUCAUUUUAAGAUUUUGCUUGUCUGUGUAAUGUUUUAUUUGUUGAAAUAUCUGGAACGGGAGUUGCAGAUGUUUCGAUUAUUUUUAUUUAUUGAAAGAAAUUUGAAGACUGAGAUUGGGAUAAAAGUGUGACUUAUUUCAGGAAUGCGAAGCAUCUUUAAAGCAUAAGUCGGAACUUGUAACCAAGUUAGAGGCUAAGGCACAGUCAAUGACAGACACAAUGCAAACACUUGAACUUAAGUAGGUAUUGAUUUGCUUACUGUUUGGGUAGAUUUUGCUUUCAGUACUAGACUAAUUCAUACUUGUAACAAACAUUCUACAACAGUGUUGUACAAUGUCCUAAUUGUAAGACCUUUGUAUUGGAAAUGUUGGCAAACCUUCACUACAGCAGCUACUAGUAAACUUGUUUAUCAUGUUACCGUAGAAUAAUUGUAAGUGUUAUAUUCUUAUAAUUCUAUGUUAUCGCAAACAUCAGUUUAUACUUUAUGAACCGUUUCGCUUGUAAAAAUAAACCUAAUCAACCAA